AUGGACUCAGUCCGAUGCAUUGUCGCGAGCGCCGUGCUACGCGGAUGGAAACUCCACCAAUUUGAUGCUGUCAGCGCCUUUCUUCAUGGAGAUAUCGACUCAUCUAUCUAUAUGGAGCUGCCCGAGGGCUUUGAAGAGCCAGGGUACGUAUGUCAGCUGCGCCGUUCACUGUAUGGUCUGAAGCAGGCUCCGCGGAUUUGGUACCAAUGCGUCCACCGCGUCCUGGCUUCUCAGGGUUUCACUAUGGCCCAAUCGGACAACUGUGUGUUCUACAAGCCGCACUGUGUCGUUUGUGUUUAUGUCGACGAUUUUCUUGUUGCUGCCGCGGAUGCACAUGCCAUCCAACAAGUGCAGCAAGCAUUGCAAGCGGAGUUCCAGCUCAAUGAUCUGGGUACCCCACAGUCAUUCCUCGGGAUCCAGUUUGACCAUCAUGUUGACGGGUCUAUAUCCAUUCACCAGAGCCAGUACAUCCAGAAGGUGCUCUCCGACUUUGGUAUGGAGACUUGCCAGCCGAAGUCUACGCCGAUGAAUCCUAAGCAAAGCCUGAAUUCUCGCCCAGAGGAACCUCCGGAUGAAGAAGCAAAAUCUCGCUACGCGAUCGCUAUUGGCUCGCUCAUGUAUUUGAUGGUUGGCACGCGACCAGACAUCGCGUUUGCGCUAGGGAUGUUGAGUCGCUUCACAUCUCAGCCACAAUCGCAUCAUCAAGUCGCCCUUCAGCGGCUGCUACGCUACGUCAAAGCCACACAAUCAUACCGGAUCACCUACCGCAGUGGGCAGCUAAUUGGAUACACAGAUGCCGAUUUUGGUGGCUCUGUCGUCACUGACGGUGCCUACUCAACAUCUGGAUAUGUUUUCCAACUUGCAGGUGCGCCAGUUUCCUGGUCGUCCAAGAGACAGGGGGAAGUGGCCACAUCUACGACUCAUGCCGAGUACAUUGGCCAAUACAAUGCCAUUUUACAUCUGCAAUGGCUUCGCACGUUUCUAGCAGAAACAAAUCUGUAUCGAUCCCCAAUCACUCAUAUCAUGGCUGACAACCAAUCCGCUAUUGCGCUCUCCCAUAAUCCCGAAUUUCAUAAACGGACCAAACACUUCAAUGUGAAGUUCCAUUAUCAGCGAUCAGUGCUGAAUGCAGGAGAAAUUGACCUACAGUACGUUCCCACCAAGGAACAGGCCGCGGAUGGUCUCACCAAGCCAUUGGGACCUACAGCCUUUGUCAAGUUCUGUAGUCUUUUAGGAAUCGACGCUUCGGAGAUUCCAAGGCAACGUGCAUGA